CGCCGCUGUGUGCACACAUGUUGUAGCCGGGAGAUGCCGGAGCUGGGGAAGCUGUGUGUGCCGGAUCCCGGCUCGGUGUUGCCCGGUGGGUUCUGGGCAGCGGUGGCAGUGUGGGUGGAGAAGCCGCAGGUGCUGAAUAAGAGGCUGUGCGGCUCUUGUGUGGAGGCGGAAUGGGAGGAAGACGCGGUGCAGAGGCUGCUGUCAGGGCUGAGCUGCCCGGGGGGAGAUGACGAGGUGCUGGCCCGGGUCAGGGGGUAUGAGGGCGGCGGCGUGCUGAGGAGCAUCAUCCCAAAGGCCAACCCGCACUACCCGUCCACCGAGCCCCGGAGAGAGCUGCUACUGAGAGAUGUCUCCGGCAACGCAGUGACAUUUCUCCCGCUGGAAGAAGCCAGCCAGGGACAUUUCCAGGUCAAGAAAAACAACAUUUAUCAGAUCCGUCUUGAACAUGUCGAGGGUGAUGAAUGGUCGCUCUCCCUAUUCACUCUUUAUGCAGAAGGCUGGGAGUCGGAUGGCGUGAUUUACCCUAAAAUCUCCUGGAUGAAAAAUGAGCUGCUGUCUCGGCUGGCCAAGUGGUCCACGGAGGACAAGAGGAGCGACUUUAAGAGCACGCUAUCGCUCAUUGCGGUGGAUAAAUAUAGCAAGCGGUAUCAGAGCCUGAAGGAGAAGUACAGAGAUAUGGUGAAGGUCUGGCCUGAAGUCACAGAUCCUGAAAAGUUUGUCUAUGAAGAUGUGGCCAUAGCGACCUAUCUGUUAGUUCUUUGGGAGGAAGAGCGAUCACAAAGGCAAAGUACGGAGAAGCAGUCCUUUGUAGACUUGGGAUGUGGAAAUGGACUCCUGGUUCAUAUUUUAAGCAAUGAAGAGCACCCUGGCCGAGGCAUUGAUGUCCGCAGGAGAAAAAUCUGGGAUAUGUACGGGUCACGGACAAUUUUGGAGGAAUCUGCUAUUACACCAAGUGAUAAUUACUUAUUUCCAGACACGGACUGGAUAAUUGGUAACCAUUCUGAUGAGCUGACACCUUGGCUGCCCGUAAUCGCCGCUCGGUCUUCUUAUUCUUGCCGCUUCUUCGUAUUGCCGUGCUGCUUCUUCAGUUUCUACGGAAAAUAUAACAGAAAAUCCAGUAAAAAGACCCAGUACAGAGAAUACCUGGACUUUGUCACUGAAGUUGGAACUCGGUGCGGAUUCGUGGUGGAAGAAGAUUGUCUGAGAAUCCCAUCAACAAAAAGAGUGUGUCUUCUAGGGAAGUCCAGGAGUUACUCUCCUGCCGAGGAGCCCCAGGCUGAUGCACAGAGAGCUCAGUAUAUCUCCAGUCAUUCAGCGGACUCUGUAACUAGCCAAGCGGCUUCUGAGACCUCUACACAUCACACAGACGAUGCAACUGGUGACGUCAACACCGACAGGAUUACCGAUUGUUCCAGGACAGAACAUGGGGACUGGAUAUCGGGGUUCCAACCCAGAGACAAAGUGGAAAAGGUCAGGAACUGUGUGUCACUUCCCAGGGACUUCAUCGAUAAGGUGGUCCUGCAAGUCGCCCAGUUAUUACUCUGCUCUGACCCCGGAGAGAAGGUUAACCUUUCUAAAGAUGGAGCCGAGCGAUCCUGGAACAGAGGGAGAAGUCUUCCAAUACGGGAAGUCGCUGAAGUCCUGGACAAGGAGACGCUACAGAGACUGAAGAAUGAGUGUGGCGGUCUGCAGACCCUGCUCAGGAACAAUCACCAAGUCUUCCUAGGUAAGAGGUGCGCAAUUCGUUGGUUUCCAUACGCGAUUGGAGCCAAGAGUCGAGAACCUCUACAGAUAAACGCAAGACAGAAGCCAAACGCAAGCUCUCAGCCAAUACCUCAAAGACGCGACUUUGCUGGUUUUAUGUCAACCACUCCGACAGCUGUCCUCGUCCCUCCGUCCAUUGCCCGUACGCACACGGAGCUGAAGAACUGCGGCCAUGUCCUUUACCUAAAAAGCAUAAGACUGCUCUGCACCUUACAUGUUAGACCAUCCUGCUCACUGAUUUUCUGUGAUUUUAUUUUUAUUUUUUAAUUAAACUUUCUGAAAAUAAAAAUUCAAGGAAUGUUCUCGCUAA